UCGAUGAGAGUAAAAAAUUCUGGAUUAGUGAGUGGAUUAAACAUGGUAGCUGCUCCGCAAAGACUCCUGCUAAUUACUUGAGCCUGGUUUUUGAUCUAAUGAAGAAAAUCAAGAAAUUUGAUGUGAAAAAGAUAUUUGAAAAGCACGGAAUUUUACCAAGUGAUCAGAGAGUGUAUCAGGUGCAAGAUUUUGCACAGGCAAUAUUUGACGAAACUAAAUUCUGGACAGGGAUUGAAUGCAUAUCGAACGUCAACGGUAAGGGGCAGCAUCUAUUUCAAAUUUAUUUCUGCUUAACAGCUCAAGCAAAAUUCAAGAAUUGUUCGAACGAUCGUGCUUUCUAUAAAAACUGCCAAUGGUCUUCGACAGUGUCAUCGACAGUCACCUUCCCCUUGCCUCCGCCCAGUCACAUGGUAUCUGCAAAUGAAGAAGAGAGAAGCAAUGCUGCCCAGAAGCUUCUAAAGGGAGAAGAUAGAGAUGUAAAAAGCAAGAAGUAGCUAUCUAGCUACCAUAAGAAAACAUCAAUUAAACCUUUUCUUUGUUUUAUAUAAAAAGAAUAAAAGCUUGUGAUUCCAGUACAACAGAC